AUGGGUUUGAUGAGCCUCCUGUGGGAUCAACAUCAGCUUUUGAUGCAUCAAUUUUUUUCUCUUCCAUUCGCCUUUUUCUUUUAUUUUCUUUCUAAAUGGGGUUAUCUGUCCUUAAGGUACAGGUACCUGUAUGUGUCAGUAGUUGGAUGUGUCCUGGCAGUUGUCACAAUGGGUGCCUAUAGCUUGCUCCUCUUCACCUCAGCCUUCAUCUUCAUUCUGCUUGUGAACUCUGUGGAUCGCAGCUGUAUCCACACAUGGGUGUUUGGAAUCCAGAUGUUGUGGCAAACCUUUUGGCACCUGCUUAUACAGUACAAGGAAUACUAUCUGUGUGAGCAUGUCAGCAUCAGGUUGUUUCUGGCAGUGUCUGCAUUGAUGUUGCUUACUCAGAGGAUAACCUCAGUGUCCAUGGAUCUCCAAGAGAGAAAAGUUAUGCUUCCUUUAGACACUUUGUUCCAGAGACAAACAUGUGUCAUCCUUCUCCCUCUCAUGAGCUACAUCUUCAGUUUCACCACUUUGCUUGGUGGUCCUUUGUGUUCCUAUGGCCAAUUUAUUUCUUUCAUGGAGGGAAUUCAUGUCAACCCUCCACCAAAUCCACUGGCUGUGGUUUCCCUGAAGCUAUCACAGAUGCUCUUACUGGAGGGUGUAAGGUAUUGUUUAGUGUAUAUGCUGAAACAUAGCGUCUAUGAUCCCUCUAGUUCUGGUCUUUUCUGUGGUGUCCUAUGGGUCUGGGGUCUGGCAGUAGUUUUGAGAAUCCAGUACUACUCUCACUGGAAGAUCAGUGAAUGCCUUAAUAAUGCAGCUGGUCUCGGAUAUUGGGAGACUUUACCUGGGAACUCCCCAAAAUGGAGGGGACUAUCAGAUGGAGACUUCUGGACCAUUGAGGCAUCGAGUCAUGUGUCAGAGUUCGCCCGUCGAUGGAACGCCACAACAGCAUCCUGGCUGCGCAGACUUGUUUAUGUACGGAGCAACCACAUCCCACUGUUCAUGACAUUUGGCUUUUCAUUGUGGUGGCACGGUUUGCACGUAGGUCAUUUUGCCGGGUUUUUCACCUGGGCAGCAACAGUGAAAGCAGACAUUCAGAUACACAGGUACUGCUACCCAAAGCUUUCAUCAACUCUGAGCCAACUGUUAUAUAUAUGUUUAAGCUGGAUAAACACUCAAAUGAUUAUUACUUGUGUUGCUAUAGCAGUGGAGUUACGAAACAUGUCUGCUUUAAAAUUUUUAGCUGCAACACACAUAGGGCUUUUCCCACUUUGUAAUAUAGCACUCUAUACUGUAAUGAAACUGAGUGGGGUACUAGGGUAG